UUGUUGUUGUUGAUGAUCACAAUAUCACCAGCACGUUACCCUUUCUUUCAUUCAUCACUUCCCUACACUUCAUUGGCACAACUGGCAAUCUGAAACCAACUACCAUUUUCAUGGAAAAUAGCGUGAAAAACACCCUCAGCUUGGAAACGAGGGAACAGCUCAAAGAAAGAUUGGCUUUGCUGAAGAAAGAAUAUGCAAAGACGGUGUAUAAGUUACAGCGUGCACAGAAAGCUGAGCGAAUACAGAACCAUGUUAAAAAACCCAUUGCACAUCAUAAUCGACUAUGGGAAGAGCAGAGCUCAACCCAGCUGACAACAGAAAAUGAGAGCUCCACUACUUUGAGGACAAAUUGGUCCAACUCGUCACUUGAGAAGAGUCGGGUCCCAGCAGAAGAAAGUAAGGAAAAUAAUUCAACUGUGGCAUUCAACAUUGUACCGGAAAUCAUCGAGUGUCCAAAUCAACCUUUAACUAGUAGGUGCAAAAAUGUUGACUCUUCAGGCCAACAACAUACUACUUCAGAUGAAGAAUUGAAUCCAAUCACAAAGACAGGGAGUGGAGUUCAAAGUCGUUUAAAACUUAGAAAAGGGAAGCCCUGUGAAGUAUUGAAAAGAGUGUGUGAAUUAACUUGUGAGUCAGGUAAGCCUUUGAUUGCUAAUGGAGUGCCUGGUGUUAAAAAAAUGGACGCCCUGGAUUCCAUCAAUAAUACAGGCACCAAUGUCUCCGAAACUCUUGAUGGAUGUGUUAAAGAGAACAGAUGUCAUGAAGCACUCCCCCAAGCUGAAGACAACACAGCAUUGGUAAAGAAUGGAACACAGGAAGUAGAAGAUAAUUCUGUGAUUUUGCCCAUGGGCAGAAUUGAAAGUAACUCUCUCCAUUACUGUCACGGGGACAACCCUAUUGAAGAGUCUGCGUUCAAAAAUGAAGCUCUUCCUUCAAGAGAAAUGGUGACUGUAGAUGGUCAACUGCAGGAAGGAAAGCCAAGUUGCUCUCAGGACAUUAGUGAAGCUUCUGAGUCCAACCUAAAGAAUGAGAGAGUUGCAGUAGGAGCAGGUGAACUGCAAUCAGGUACUGCUGUGAGUGAAUCUCUAGGAGCUGGCUCACUGAGGUCUUGUACACUUGUUGAAGGACUUAUCUUUCCGGUUGAGUACUAUGUUCGGACAACUCGGCGCAUGACCAGCUCUCAGCGACAGAUAGAUCUGGAUGCAGUGAUUCAUAGUCAGUUGGGAAAGUCCAGAAAUGGUGGCAAAGGAAGACCCAAGAAGCUCACUUAUAAUCAAAGUAGUUCCAUAGAAGGCUCCCCCAAGAAUGAAGCAGAGAUCUGUAAUACUUUAUUACUUUUUAAAACUCAGGAGGGUGACGGUGGAGAGCCUAAUGCAACUUCCUUGCAGCCUGACUUGCAAGACUCGUGGAACAUUGGUGGCGAUUCCCAGGGUAUUCAAUCAAACCGAAGAAAAGGAGGAAAAAGAGGCAGACGAGAAGGUACAAAUGUACAGCUCACUGAAGCUCAUCUGAAGUCUGAGGAAAAAAAAUUAAAUUACAACAGAUUUCCAAAUGGUGUCCCAAUUGCUCUGUCUUCUGACGUUCAGAGUGAGAAUAAGGGCAAGAAGAGUGGAAUUAAUACUUGCCAACCAACACUUAACUCAAACAAACUAUAUGAAAAAUCUAUAAAUAACACAAAUAGUCAUAAUUUUUCAGGGAAUGUUAACUUUAAUAUAAAGAGUUCCAGCCAGUCGCAGAACACAGCCAAACAACAAGUGGAACCAGUGCAUAACAAUAUUCAGACUGACAAUGUGUUAAAACAUCCUUUGAAAGAGGACAUGAAUGAUCUGUUGAUGGCGCAGGGUGAGUCUGCAGUAUGUGUGCCUGAGCCAUCCAGUAGUGAUAUGGAUAGUCAGGAAAUGAUUCCAGAAACUCAGCAGGAUUCCAUUAAUGGCAUCUCAUUGAAGAAGAAUUUAAAUUAUACAAGGCAGUCAUUUCCAUUGGGAAUUGACUCGGACAGAGGGAAAACAGAGUCGCCAGUCUCUCAGCCCAAGAGGAGGGUGAAGCUCUCGAGAGGUAACAAUUGUCGUAGAACACGUGAAAGCUCCAGGAAGGUCGUUGAGAGAUUCCAAGAAGGGGCACUCGUGUGCUCUGAACCAUUGCUCCGUGUUAAAAAAACUAUUUUCACAAGGUUAUUUCACAGCCAGGAAGUCCAGGAUUUUGACCUUCCGGAGGAGGAGUAUGGUCUACUUAAGGAAAAACUAAGAGCAGAAGCAUUAAAGAAAUCGCGCCUUCCUUCCCAGCAUCAAGAAGUUGGUUGUAAUUUGGAAACUCGGGCAGAAAAGGAUAACUGGGAUAAAACACACUACACAAAUUCACAUGCAUCAGAAAUCAAACAGACUACAGAAAACGUUGAGGAAACCAACCCACAAGUGUCUUCGUGCUGCAAGGGACUGAGCAGAACCCCAGAAAAACCACUGGAUGAUAUUUGUCCUGUUCAGCAAAUUCCAAAAACUACCUCUGGCCAUAAACUAUCUUCCAACAUUUUGCUUUCGACCCUGUGUUGUACCCCACAGGCAAUUAAUGAUCAUCAGCAUGACCAAACUGCUGGUAGCCCUACAUUCCCUACACUUGGCUUCACUCCUGCCCCUGGUUCAACUGAGUGUUCUCCGGUAUUUUCCCAAAGAAAUUACGGAAACCAGAAUUCACCUCAAACUGGCACACACGUGUUGGAAGGUGUGGGGGAUUGUGGACAGAGGUUCCAGGCAGCUGCUGAAGAAGUGUCGCAAACAGAUUUAUGUCAGCUCACUCCAAUUAUAAAGGAAGGCAGUCAAUGUGUUUUCUCUGGAAAGGAACCUUUGAACAAUAAGGAUGAGGAGGACCUCAAUUACAAAUAUGAGAAGAUAUUCAGCCAGCAAGAGAUGCCAAAUGAUUAUUGUGUUGAGGAAUUUUCAGAAAUUGACACUGCAAUUGAAGAGCAUAAAGAUGUCUUGACUCCACCUCUUGCUACUUUGCAAUUGGAACAAAAAGUGGAAAAGCAGUUAUUACAAUUAAUCUCCAAGAUACAGAAUCCAUCCACAUCCUGCAUUAUUGACUUGUGCACAGUAUUUUGGAUGGUGAAAGAGACCAGAACUUUGUGUAUUGCUUGUGCCUGUGAAACAGCAGUGUUGCUAUGGGCUCCAGAGCAGGUUAACCAAUGGACUAAUAUCUAUACUUGGGUCUUUGAUAAGGUUCCCAUAAUUGAACUCAUCCCCAUUCCAGAUGCUGUUAACAUUCUCUGUGUGGCUUUUGGAAGCCUGGAGAUAAGGGAAGUAAAGGUAUUACGCUCUACAGAGCAAGGCUGCUUGGAACAUACUCUGCUGCAGACAGGAGAUAUAAAUGCCGUGUUGGGGCUGCCUGGAUGGAAACUAGUCUGCUCUUGUGGCACGCUCCAGACUCAAAGCAUAGAAAUGAACACCCUCUCCAAAGAAGGAAGGAGUGAGCAAUCUAUGCAACUUGUCCCUCCCAAUGAGAUCGUUUUGGCUUUCAGCGAAGUUGAAGGGCAAAUAGAAGCUUUGAUCGGAUCGACUAUAAUGAGCAACAUCGUCAUUUGGAACAUGAAGACUGGGCACCUCCUCAAGAGGAUCCAUUUAAGUGAAAGCUACCCUGGCACUGUCUGCCAGAAAGCCUAUUCCCAGUCGGGAAUAUUGUUCAUUCUUCUAAGUCGUCGGUACAUUGGCACCUGUGAAGGAGAGCAGGUCUGUGUUUUGAGAAUGGUGGCUGUUAAUCCCAUGAAUGGGAAAAGUAGACCAAUCAUGUCGUAUACAAUCCCUGUGGAAUGCAGUGGGAGGUACAUUGAUGGAGGUGUGAAGGGGCAGUCCAUUGCAGCAAUUGUAACUCCCGGAACCAUGGUACUUUGGAAUCUACUGUCUGGCCAAAUCUCAACCAUGCUCCAGCAUGACUCUAGUGGGGACUGGUCACUAUUUUACUGGGCUGAGGAGGACUCGUGUCUUCUAGCCAGAAAGAACGAUAGCACUGUGUAUAUAUACAAAUGCUUAGGAGCCAGAACAGUAUGAAUAUACUAUUGCUGUGUCAAGAUUAUGCAGGAUAAACUUGCAGUACUUUGGUUCGUGAAACCUGUUCACCUCUUUUUUGGAUGAAAACCACCAAAGAUUUCAAUGUGAGCAAAGUGUACAAUUCUUUACAAAGCACAAUGAUUUACUGAGCUACUGCACAGUGCUUUUUUUUAAUUGUGGGGAUAUAUUAUAAGUUACUAUGGACUAUUUCGGUAAAAUAUUCAGUGCAUAAUUAUUUAAUAUAUUCAAAUAAUUGCAGAUUUAUUUUGCUUUUAACUGUGGUGAUAGGACAUUACAGUUCCUUUCCUAAUGUACUUGAAGGGCAUUCCUGGAUCACUGUAUAUCAUGAUAACCGAGCAGAUUAUAUUUUCCUCUGUACACUGUCGGUUGAAAUAACCACUAAUGUAACGUUGGAAAAUCUGAGUUGUAUUCACAUCCACUAACUAGAGCCAGCUUCAAAUUUAGACGCAAAAUGCUGGAGUAACUCAGUGGGACAGGCAGCAUCUCUGGAGAGAAAGAAUGGGAGAUUGAAGAAGGGUCUCAGCCUGAAACGUCACCCAUUCCUCCAGCAUUUUGUGUCUACCUUCGAUUUAAACCAGCAUCUGCAGUCCUUUCCUAUACAGCUUCAAAUUUACUUCCAUUUGGUAGUUGGGUUGUUGACUUUCCCUAUUAAGGGGGAACUUCGAAAAGUUUCCAAAAAAGGAAUGAUUGUACUUGUUUAAAAAGACAAAUGAAAGAGGAUUAUAAUGUCACAAAUCUGUCUUCAAUAAAUAAAAUCAAUUAAUCA